AUGUUGGAAGUGAAACCCAAUAACAGAGAAGUUGCAGCAGUUAAUGAAGACAGUCCUGAACAUCUACAGCUUAAAAGAAAUGAGAGAGGGGAAACUCCCUUACAUGUGGCUACCAUAAAAGGCGAUUUGCGAAAAGUACGCCAACUUCUAAGGCAAGGUGUUUUGGUUGAUACUCGUGACUUUGCAGGAUGGACACCUUUACAUGAAGCUUGCAAUCAUGGUUGGCUUGAGAUAGCUAAAGUGUUGAUUCAAUUUGGAGCUGAUGUAAAUGCUUGUGGAUUGGAAAAGGAAACUCCUUUGCAUGAUGCAGCAAUCAAUAAGCAUGAAAAAAUUGUAAGUCUUCUGUUGAAGAAUGGUGCUAACCCUCUCCAGAAAAAUGCUAAUAGGAGAACACCUCUUGAUGUUGCUCGAUCAGAAAAAGUUGCUCAGAUUUUGAGAAAGGCUGCCAAGUUAGAAGCACCAAAGGAGUCUAGAGCUGGAGAGUCAGUAUCCAUAGAACACCUCAGAAUCCCUGAGGCUGUGGGAAACAGGCAGAGCGAGACAUCACCCUGCCAUCCUAUCUCAGCUUUAUGUGAGCUUACCAUGAGAAAAAAUUCACCUCAAAAUCAAACACAUAAAGGUGCAGAUAAACCCACCUCCCCGAGAUUGACUCUUCGAUUUCAGUCUAUUAGAUCAAGGGAUGACAAAACUCCAAGCAGUGCCAAGAUUAAUGACAUUAGUUCUUCUCAGCCAAAGUACCAGUCCUAUUGUGUUACUAUGGAAACUAAAGGUGAUGUGUAUGAUUUUCGCAAAGAGGAUGCUACCAUUUCAUCUACACAAAACCUCCCAGCUCUCGAUGAUAAUGAAGGAACUGGAAGUAAAUGUGAGGCUGUAAGUAGUACAAGUGGCAAGGAGGUUGAGGAAGGCGCUGUGGAGAAAAAAACUGAAGAAUCAGAAGGAAUUGAUAAGUCUUCUAUUGACAAAAUGGAUGCAGAGCCUGUUGCCUCUAAGAUUAAUGGAGGUCGCAUCAGUAGUGACUCAAAUGGCAAAGAUAAAGAUUGUACCAGUGACAUUGAAAAAGAGGAAAGCCGUCGUAAAAGGAGGAAAAGUAAUGACAGUGUUCAGAGUCGCCAUAGUGUAGGUCGAGGACACAAAUCUCCUUCCGGUAAGGCUCCUCAUCAAGAUAACCAUAAUGAUCAGAGAAGUCCUAAAACUCGCAAAAGAAGUAGUUUAUCUAGUUCUGACACGGAGAGUAACCCAAGUGAUGCUGAAGCUCCUUCCAAUGAAACGAAUGUAGAAUCCUCUAGCAAUUUCAAUGGCCAGCCUGCAGUUGGGCCGCAUUCACCAAAAGUUCCUCCUUUAAAAAUUGUCAUUCCAUCUGGUACUGGUUCCUUGGAGCUAGAGACUCGAGAAAGAAGCAAGGUUUCCACUUCCAAGCAAGCAUUGCCAUACGUUGUAAAUACAACUACUUCUGAUACUAUAGAUACAAACUCUGAAACAGUGAGUGCAUCUGUGUCGUCUGAAACAACCAAGGAUGUUUCAAAGUCUGAUGCCUGUAAAUCAAAAGAUGAUUCUCAUCCCCCAGAGGAGAGAUUCCAAAGAGUGACGCGUAGUAGUCAGCGCAUGCAGGCAGCUAUGUCCACCAGCACUCCUAACCAGUGUCAUAAUUCGGAAGCGACAGCUUCGAACUUGGUGUCAUCGAGCAGUCAAAAAGCAGAAGUGUCCGGAGAAAGCUCAAAUGAUGAACAAGUUCAGGUUCAUCAGCCCGACAUACAUCCUCGAAAACGUAAGCUCAGAGCAAGGGAGAACGCCAGUGAAAAUGGGUCACAAAAUCCAUGCUCAUCUUCUUCCAGCAAUGAAGAUUCCCAGCAACAACAUCAAUUGUUGAAUUCUUAUCAAAUGUACUUAAAUAUUAGGAAGCAGGUUGAUAAACGAAGAAAAUCUAUGAUUGUCGUGCAUCCAAAGGCUCCUCAGGGUUUCAAAGAUUAUCUUCUAAAUAGGUGCUCUUAUGUGUUAGAAGGAAAUGCAGCAAGUCGUCUAUCUGUACCCAUGAUAUCUCCACCUCAAUCUCUUGAGGGUUCUAUCAAGGAACUUUUUAUACAACAAGAAAAAGAGCGAUACAGGCUUAGGCUGCAACAUUUAAUUGAAAGGGAAAAGUUAGUAUUAUCUGCUGAACAAGAAAUCCUUCGUGUUCAUGGCCGGGCUGCAAGGGCAAUGGCGAAUCAAACUGUUCCUUUAUCUGCUUGCAGUAUCUUGAAAGACGAAGAGAUAUACAACGUACUUGAGGAUGACAAAGAUAAGAAUGUUAGAUCUCGGUACAAUGGUCGCCUUUUCUUGUCCUGGUUGCAAGAUGUUGAUGACAAAUGGGAAAAGAUUAAGGAAGCGAUGCUGCUUCGACACCACAAUGAAGCCGAAUCACUACAUGCUGUACAAAAAUUAGAUUGGGAAUGGAAAAUGAAGGAACUUGCCAUGUGUGAUAUGAAGUCAUCACCUGUAAUUGAUGAUAUUUUUGUACCAAUGGUUCAUGUCAGUGAUGAAUUUGAGUUGCCUGCAUGAAAUCUUUCAUCUCACCAGAAUGUGAUCUCGUUAUUAAUUUUGUUUCUUGUUUUUGGUUAAUCAUAUCAGCUAGGGUAUUUUUCUGUGUUAUUGAAAGACUAGUGAAUCAAAUAACAUUAUAGUCAAACUUAUCCAGUCAGCCCAUUGUUGUUUUUUUAUAACCGUGAUCGCCUCAGUUGUACCAGUAAUGCAAGUCAUACAGCUGAGGAAUUCUUUGUUCUCAGAGGCCAAAUCAUUAACAGUUUGUGUGUCUUUCUCAUAUGUUUUUCUCAUCAUAAUUUUAAUACUUAGUGUGUUACUGAAAUAUCUUAACUUAAAAACUCUAUAAGAGUUUGGCAAAUUAGUUUUUGGAUGAAGGUAUUACCAUUUUUAUAAUGUUCUCUGCUUUUUAUUGCAAGUCUUCUCUAUAGGCCUGCAUUUAAUUUAUUAUGUAGACAUAAUGAAUCUAUUAUUUUUUAUAACUAAAAUAUACAGAUUAAUUAAAUGUAUUUUUUAUCAAGUAGCCUCUCACUGUAUUAGGAAGGCAGCAACAAGGAUAGAACAUUUUAAGAAGUUCAUAUAUCUUUCAUGUAGAUGUUUGAAUUUUGUCUCGCAAACAUUAAGUAUUAAAUUUAUUUGCUGUUUUUAUUGAAUCAAGAUCAAAAAAUUGCCUUUUUCAUUUUUUACCUUUUCCCAAUGCCUAUUUUAACCUGCAGUUGCCAUUAUUGGAAAACUUCCAGUCAGGUGAAAAGUCAUGUUCUUUAUCUUUUAAAACAUGCAUUUUCAAUAAAAAUUAUAUGAAAAAUGCAAAUAUUGCAUUGCUUUUAUUUGAUGCAAUAAAAAUGAAACCUCAAAUUUUAGUGACAUGCUUUUGAGUGUUAUUAUGAUUAAUAUUACGGAGUUGAAAAUUAGUACUACUGUGAAAUUUUACUGAUUAUUAACACAGUAUAAUUUGUUCAGCUUUGUUUCAUCUUUUCACAAAUUUUUCAUUCAUUACUAUUAAGUGGGUCGAUUUAAAAUAUUUUCUUUAGUUAGAAUUUGUGUUGAAAGAAUUGAAUUUCAGUUUGUAAAAGCUCUUGUAAUUAUUUUGUUAAAAAGUCUUUGAAAGAAUUUAAAUACUGCAAUGAUUUACUGAAUUUUAAAUUCAUAUAUCCUGAAUAGUUCUGUCUUUCAAUUGCCUCUAUGAGCAAUCCAUCCUUGGUUGAAAGACAGUGCAAUGUAUUUGUUUAAAAAAAAAUUUUUUUUUUAAUAUAUAAUUUUUUUCCUUUACUUUCUUCCUCACCUUGAUAGGUAGGGCAACUGUUUCUUGAUAUGUUUUGAAAUAUAAGCUUAAUGAUUCACACCAAGCAUAUCAGUCAAAGGUAUUACUUUAAAGAUGCUUGAUUUCACUUAUUUUAUCUAUCAGGUUUGUCUUUUCCCGCAAAAUAUUCCUGCUUAUUGUACUUCAAACAAUAUUCAGUGUCCACCCUUUUUUUUAAUAGGGUUUUUAAAAUGAGCUUAAGUUUCUAAGACCUUAUAACCAUAUUAUAUGGCUAGUUAAAGCUUUUUUUUUUUUUUUUUUCUUUUUUGCUCCCUGUUAUAACUAUAAGCCAAUAUUGUACCCAGUGAUUUUUUCCUUGUUUCUAAUUAAAUUGUUAACAAAUAUUCUUUCAUAUUUCCAUCAAGAUGGCAAAUCAUCAUGUACAUCUUGAAAUUAUUUACAUUCGUUCAUUUUUAAUCAUUUGAAUUGAAGUAGUAUGUUGUUUUUCAAUUCUUGUAAUCUAAUUAAAUGAUUAUACUUUGUUGAAAAAUUGAUUUUGUCUGACAUUCUGUACGGUAACUUUCUAUUAUUUCCAAAACUUUUUAAAAGAUACUUUUCUUCUUAUUUAAAUAAUGGCAGUGUCAUUUAUUUUGAAGUCAUUAAAAAUGAUAGAAAAAUUUGCCUCAUAAAUGUGUACACUGCUAAAAUGAUUUUGCUAAUGCAACAAAAUUAUUUUUUCAAGUAAGCAAAAUUUCAUUUGUAAUGAACUGUGGAUUUAAAAUUCUAAUCUUCCUUUCAGAAAAAAUAAAAUAAAAAUAGUUAAAUCAUGAUUGCUUGCAUGCAUAUAAAUUUAGUUUCAUCGUAAAUUCGAUAAACAAAUAGAUUGAAGUCUUUUAAACUUUUAGCUGUACCACACCAGUCAUUUCAAUUAGUUCAAGCAAAGAAAGUGCUGAAAUGUAUCACAAAUUUUCAUUGCUCAUAAAAAAAGAAUGUAUUUUCAAGAACUUUCUACCCUGCUUGUUUUUCAAAUUAUCAUAGGAUAGCUUAUUUUACCCCACUUUUACCUUACUUUAUUGUAUCAAAUCCAAAUGUAAUAAUAAAAAUGAUGUCAAUGUAUACGUUCGGUAUUUGCAUCUUUGAUUUCAACUAUAUGCAGCAUUGAAAUUGCAAACCAGCUACAUUUGUUGAGUAUGUGCAUGAAGAAAAGAAUUCUUUUUGAACUAAUUUUUAGUAGGCAAACAAGCGUCGAAACCUUUGCUAUUUUUAAGCGAUUCUACAAAAAUGUUUAGUUUCAGGACCAUACUGUUCAAAAAUGCCAUUGGAACCCUAUGCUUUUAAAGUAAACUUCUUAAAGGAACAAUUUUACAAUAGGCCUUGAAUUUUGGAACUAGUGUGGUGAAAUGUGGUGUUAUGAUUUUUGAAGUCAUUGGCAGUGUAAAAAGUAAUAUAUUCUAUUUCAUUCUUAUUGACAAAUAUAAUAUAAUGCAUUUGAAUCUUUAAACUAGAUUCCGUUUUAAAUCAUAUUUAAUGUAACAUAUUAUAAAUAAUUUUUUUUUUUUGCCGGACACCCUACUCAUUUUAAUUUAUAACAAUUUAAUAAAACAACUAUUUUGUUUUAUAAUUUAAAAAAAAAAAAAAAAAAUUGCUCAACUAUUUUGCUUUAAUAAUUCAAUUUGCUCUUAUGAAUCCACUUAAUUUUAAUUCUACUUAAAUGAAAUGUUAUAAUUCUUUAUAAAGAGUUCAAUCACUAAUUUUUAGAAGAUAAUUCAUUUUUAAGAAGAAGUUGAGCUUCCUAGACAAAAACCAUUUUUAUGAUGGCGAACUUCCAUUCAUCAAACAUUUCAUAACUGUUAAUAUGUAUGCUCAUAUUUUGAUACUUUAAAAAAUGCUACUUUUUUAUUUAUUUAUUUCUUCCUUCCAAGUGCUAAAUUUGGAAAAGAAGGUGUUAAGGGGUUAUCUGGGUUUUAUUCUAUUAUUUUCCAUACAUCAUUCAUAUAAAAUUUCAAGCCAAAUUGAUGUAGUUUCGCUCUGUCACAGUUGUAGUUGUGUGAUGAUUAAAUAUGAAUGUCUAUGUACAGAUUUGU